AUGAUGUCUGUUGACUCUAAACCGUACCCAUUCUCCAAUGGUCUACAUUUAUUUGGACAAUUGGUGAUCGGACCUCCUGGUAGUGGGAAAACCACAUACUGUGCUGCAAUGCAUGAUUUUCUUGUAAAAUUAGGUCGAAAAGUUGCUGUCAUCAAUUUGGAUCCAGCCAACGAUAGCUUACCUUAUCCAUGUGCCAUUAAUAUGGCUGAUUUAAUUUGUCUCGAUGAGGUUAUGGAUUAUCUCGGCUUAGGUCCAAAUGGUGGACUAAUCUAUUGUAUGGAAUAUUUAUACACAAAUCGAUCGUGGCUAGCGAAUCAAUUAGCUUUAUUAAAACAGAAAGAUCCGAAAAUUUAUUUAAUAUUUGAUUUGCCGGGUCAGGUGGAAUUAUACACACAUCAUCCUUGUAUGCGUCAACUUGUCUGUUAUCUUACAAAUAAACCAACCAAUUUAAAAAUAAACACUAAAAACCAAUUACCACCCCUCUCAUCAAUACAGUCUUCAUCAUCCUUACCAUUAUCUAAAGAUGAAGUACCUAAUUCUCUUGAUUUACAUUUAACAUCAGUACAUUUAAUUGAUUCACAUUAUUGUUCAGAUGCUGGAAAAUUUAUCGCAUGUGUAUUAACUUCUUUAUCAGCUAUGCUACAAUUAUCUAUACCACAUGUAAAUAUAUUAAGUAAAGCGGAUUUAAUUGAACAAUACGGUGAAUUAGAUUUUAAUUUGGAUUUUUUCACAGAAGUAUUAGAUUUACAAUAUUUAAUUGAUUGUUUACAUAAAACUACAAAUAAUAAUGAUCAGUCACUAUUCAAUAGUAAAUAUACACGUUUAAAUCAAGCUAUCAUUGAUUUAAUACAAGAUCGUUCAAUUGUUCAAUUCUUGUUAUUGGAUAUACAAGAUCUAUCACAUAUAGAACGUGUUAUGCGUUAUGUGGAUCGUGCUAAUGGUUAUGUGUUUGGAACAAAUGAACAGCACAAUCUUCAAAGUUUAUUACAUUCAGCUUCUGGUGUUGAACUGGCACCUGAUUGGAUAGGUAUGAUUCAAGAAAAAUAUAUGUCUAGAAAGAAUGAUGAUGAUGAUAAUCAUAAUACUAACAGUAAUGUACAAAAUGACGAUGAGCCUCAUAUUGAUUUAUUCGCUUAA